AUGUUCCCUCAAUCAGAAAGCACGCUGAGCUUACAGGUGGACAAUUCAAGGCUUCAGCGCAUGAGGAAGACCUCGUCUGUGGAGGUGGACACCCACAGCGAAAGCACUACAUCAUCUGAGGGUGCCACUCGUACCUUGCUCAUCCAUGGCCCCGUUGAGCUCAAGAAAGGCUGGAGGAGGCAGAAGUGGCAGCUUUUCUUGUACAGCGAUUUAUUACUGAUGUCUAAUACCAAGUAUAAGAAAAACUUUAAGAUAAAAAAGAAAAUACCACUGAACACCAUGUGGAUUGCCAACUGCAUGGAUACAGUGGGAGAUGCCAACAUCAGUUCUGGGAGGUCCUUUGUGUUGGGCUGGCCCACGGUAAACUUUGUGGCCACCUUCAGUUCUUCAGAACAAAAGGAAAAAUGGCGUUCUUACCUUCAAAGGUACAUCAUGCUAGCCAAAGAGAAGGAGCAGCCAAAAAGCAUUCUCCUCAAAAUCUUCACUGAGAACAUCAAGAACUGUGCCUGUUCCGUAACUAUAACAGUGACAAAUUCCGACACGGCAAAUGACACUAUCAACAUGUUACUAACAAUGCUGGGAAUAACCGGCUCUGAGAAAGACUUCCAGCUGUGGGUGAGUUCUGGCAAGGAAAAACUUCCACUAACUGGACAUGAACAUCCCUAUGGAAUUAAAAUGAGCCAUCUUCCAUCUACUAAACUGCUGCCAAAGGAAGCAGAGGACUCCGUCUCUCCUUCCCCUACUCAGGAGUCCCUCCUUCUGGAGCAGAAGAUCACAGACAUGCAAAUCCAUUUCAUACUGAAGCCCAGGCACCCAGCCCAGAACAAGCAAGGGAGAGAUUCAGGCCAGAAGACCAUGAAAAGCACUGUUUUCAGAGACUGGGCCUUUUGGUGGCGCGCUGGCACUUGCCAGAAAAACCACUGCAGAGUUGCACCAUCUGCAAAACCACGACAACUCUUUGGGGUUUCCCUCACAGGUAUCUGUGAUAAGGACAACUUGCCCUUCCCAAUACUGGAUAUGCUUUCCGUGAUCAAUCGGAAAGGACCACUCCUGGAAGGCAUCUUCAGAAAACCAGCCUGUAUAAAUUCAUGCAGAAACCUAAAAGAGAAACUAAAUUCUGGGGACAGAGUUAACUGUUACAGCAAAUCUGUUCAUGUGGUAGCAUGUGUUUUAAAGGAUUUUCUUGAAAAUAUCGAAGGAAGUUUACUUUCAUCCAAACUCUAUGAAAAAUGGCUUGGUGUUCUUAACGAAGUGACUGAGAAGGAAAAAAUAAAUGCAGCCCAGAGGCUUCUAACACAGCUGCCAAAAGCGAAUGUUGUUCUCUUGCGAUACCUUUUCGGUGUGUUAUACAACAUUGAGCAACAAUCCUCAUCCAAUCAGAUGACAGCUUAUGAUUUAUCAGUGUGUAUAGCCCCAAGCAUUCUUUGUCCACUUAAUUCCUGCAGCUUGGAAUUGGAAGACAACUUCAUUAAAAAGGCUUCUCUUGUACAGUUUUUGAUCGAAAAUUGCCUCAAGAUAUUUGGAGAAGACAUCACUUCUCUCUUGGGAGAGAAUUCAAAGAGUUGUCAUAACAAUGAGAAGGCUGCAGAUUCAGUCCAGAACAAGUUGAAAAGCACUUCUUUUAGAGACUCGGCCUUUUGCCAGCGCAUUGGCACUUCCCAGUACAACCAGUGCACAGCUCUACUGUCUGCAAAACCAGGACAGCUCUUUGGAGUUUCCCUUACGGAUAUCUUUGAUAAGGACAUCAUGCCCUUACCAAUACUGGAUAUGCUUUCCUUUAUCAAUGAGAAAGGACCACUCACAGAAGGCAUAUUCAGAAAACCAGGUAGUAUAAAGUCAUGCAGAAUCCUAAAGAAGAAACUGAAUUCUGGAGACAGAGUGAGGCAUUACAGCAAAUCUGUUCUUGUGGUAGCAUUUGUUUUAAAGGAUUUUCUUGAAAAUAUCGAAGGAAGUUUACUUUCAUCGGACCUCUAUGAAAAAUGGCUUGGUGUUCUUGACGAAGUGACUCAGAAGGAAAAAAUAAAUGCUGCCCAGAGGCUUCUAACACAGCUGCCAAAAGUGAAUGUUGUUCUCUUGCGAUACCUUUUCGGUGUGUUAUACAACAUUGAGCAACAAUCCUCAUCCAAUCAGAUGACAGCUUAUGAUUUAUCAGUGUGUAUAGCCCCAAGUAUUCUUUGUCCACCUAAUUCCUGCAACUUGGAAUUGGAAGACAACUUCAUUAAAAAGGCUUCUCUUAUACAGUUUUUGAUUGAAAAUUGCCUCAAGAUAUUUGGAGAAGACAUCACUUCUCUCUUGGGAGAGCAUUCAAAGAGUUGUCAUAACAAUGAGAAGGCUGAG